CCCAAACGGGCAAACCCGCCUUGUACCUCAGCUAGGUUUUUCCAACUCCCUCCCCAUGGCGGCGGCGGCAGCGGCCCUGCGGACGCCGGCGGUUCGCCGCCCGCUCCUCGCCGCUUCCGCGCUCCUCCGCACUUGCCGCCACCUCUCGUCCACCAAUCCACCACCUCCGCCGCACCACCCCAACCCCCUCGCCUCGGAGCUCCUCGGCCUCCUCUCCACCGCCCCCUCAUGGACGCCCGACCUCGCCGGCGCCGUCUCCUCCUCCCUCUCUAGCGCCCCCGCCUCAGCCGCGGACGUCGUCAUACCCGUCCUCCGCGCCCUCAGGAACCCGUCCCUUGCCGCCCCAUUCUUCCUCGUCGCCUCCUCCGCCUCAUCCCCGCACCCGCUCCCCGCGGACGCCUACAACGCCGUCCUCCCGUUCCUCUCCCACGACCUCGCGGCCCUGGAGAAGGUCCUCGAGGAGAUGAGCGUCCUCGGGUACGGCGUCCCCAACCCCGCCUGCGCCAACCUCGUCGCCACCCUCGCCCGCGCCCGCCGCCUCGACGAUGCCGAGCGCGCUAUCGGGGCCAUGCGGCGGCUCAAGUUCCGCCCGGCGUUCUCGGCUUACACCGUGCUGAUCGGCGCGCUGGCGGAGGCAAGGCGGCCGGAGCGCGCACUGGAGCUGCUGCGCCAGAUGCAGGAGGUUGGGUAUGAGGUGGGCGUGCCGCUGUUCACGACUCUGGUGCGGGCGCUGGCCCGCGAGGGGCGUGUGGAGGGCGCGCUGGAGCUGGUGGAUGAGGUGAAGGGGAGCUGCCUUGAGCCUGAUAUCGUCCUGUACAAUGUGUGCAUCGAUUGUUUCGGGAAGGCUGGGAAUGUGGAUAUGGCCUGGAAGUUCUUCCACGAACUGAGGGCGCAAGGGCUGCAGCCGGAUGACGUCUCGUACACGAGCAUGAUUUGGGUAUUGUGCAAGGCGGGGAGGCUAAGUGAGGCUGAGGAGCUGUUUGGUCAGAUGGAGGCAGAAAGGGCUGUGCCUUGUGCAUAUGCGUAUAAUACAAUGAUUAUGGGUUAUGGGUCUGCGGGCCAGUUUGAGGAUGCCUAUAAGCUGCUUGAUCAGUUAAAGGAGAGGGGUUGUAUUCCAUCUGUUGUGUCUUUUAAUUCGAUUCUUACUUGCCUUGGGAAGAAGAGGAAAGUUGAUGAGGCGCUGACCUUGUUUGAGGCCAUGAAGAAGGAUGCAGAGCCAAAUUCCUCGACGUAUAACAUCAUCAUUGAUAUGCUUUGCAUUGCUGGAAAGGUUGAGGAGGCCUAUAAGAUAAGGGAUGAGAUGGAGCAUGCUGGCCUGUUCCCUAAUUUGUUGACAGUGAAUAUAAUGGUUGAUAGGUUUUGCAAGGCAAUGAAGCUUGAGGAGGCCUGUAAGAUUUUUGAAACUGCAAGUCAGAGAGGUUGCAAUCCUGAUUCUGUGACUUACUGUUCUCUUAUUGACGGAUUAGGAAAGAAGGGACAGGUUGAUGAUGCUUAUAGGUUGUUUGAGAAUAUGUUAGAUGCAGGCUACAAUGCUAAUCCUGUUGUAUAUACAUCCUUGAUAAGGAAUUUCUUCAUGCAUGGGAGGAAAGAAGAUGGACACAAAAUCUUCAAAGAGAUGAACCGUCGAGGAUGCCGGCCGGAUCUUACCCUACUCAAUACGUACAUGGAUUGUAUUUUCAAAGCUGGUGAUGUUGAAAGGGGAAGAGCAGUAUUUGAUGACAUCAAGGGUUAUGGUUUCCUUCCUGAUGUCCGAAGUUAUUCCAUUUUGAUUCAUGGUCUCACGAAAGCUGGCCAUGCUAGAGAAACUUCCAACAUUUUUCAUGCCAUGAAGCAGCAAGGCUUUGUUCUUGAUGCCCGGGCUUAUAAUGCUGUUGUUGAUGGGUUCUGUAAAUCUGGUAAGGUGGAUAAGGCCUAUGAAGUUCUUGAGGAGAUGAAGGUAAAGCGUGUACCUCCUACAGUUGCUACAUAUGGAUCAAUUAUUGAUGGUUUGGCUAAGAUUGACAGGUUAGAUGAAGCUUAUAUGCUUUUUGAGGAAGCAAAAUCAAAAGGAAUAGAAUUGAAUGUUAUUGUCUAUAGCUCCCUAAUUGAUGGAUUUGGAAAGGUUGGUAGGAUAGAUGAAGCUUAUUUAAUAUUAGAAGAGAUGAUGAAGAAGGGUUUGACUCCGAAUGUUUACACAUGGAACAGCCUUAUGGAUGCUUUAGUGAAAGCUGAAGAAAUCAACGAAGCCCUUAUUUGUUUCCAGUCAAUGAAGGAAAUGAAAUGUUCACCUAACACUUAUACAUACAGUAUUCUUAUAAAUGGCCUUUGCCGUGUACAGAAGUACAAUAAGGCUUUUGUGUUCUGGCAAGAAAUGCAGAAGCAGGGAUUGGUUCCUAAUGUUGUGACUUACACAACCAUGAUUUCUGGGCUUGCAAAGGUAGGUAACAUAACAGAUGCUUGCAGUCUCUUUGAGAGAUUUAAGGCCAACGGUGGAAUCCCCGACGCAGCAAGUUUCAAUGCUCUUAUAGAGGGAAUGAGCCAUGCGAAUAGAGCAAUUGAGGCAUAUCAGGUAUUUGAAGAAACUCGAUUACGAGGAUGUAGAAUUAAUGUAAAGGCAUGCAUCAGUCUUCUAGAUGCUUUGAACAAAGCUGAAUGUCUUGAGCAGGCUGCUGUUGUGGGUGCAGUUUUGAGAGAGAUUGCGAAGUCCCAGCAUGCUUCGAGAUCCUUGUAAAAUUCAGCUUCACUGGUUGCUAUCUUUACAGUAAUGGCACUAUGAAUCUAAUCAUUUUAUUGCACAGGACUUACUACAAACAUCAGCCAAAUUGAUCUGGCUUGUUCAUGCUGUUUGACCGGUUGAUAAUUAGUAAGAAGUUUUGACUUUACUGUGGUUCAACCUUUAAGAUAGUGUUCUAUGAUUCGGUGUGAACACUUUGUCAAGCAUUUCUGCCAAUGCUGAUAAUGAAAAGGAGGUCUAAAUCUCCAAAUCUCAGCCAGGUAACUAGGAAAAUAAUAUCAUUGUAGCUCCAUUGCUACUUGGUAGCUUCAGACAAUCAGAUAUACAAAUUGAGGAUUGUUCUCUGGAGAUGUCAAAGAAUCCCUGGCUCAGCAUGCUGAUUCAGAAGUUUACAUGAAACUUCAAGACAGGUGUUAUUUUUGUCUGUGCACUUGGUGGAAGUUUCUUCUUUCCCAAGCGCAAGAUGAGAUGACUGGAGUUGAAGUUUGCAUCAGUAUGUGAUGAUAAAAUCUGAGAUUGGGUAACUUACUGACCAGAAAUAUCCUGAAGCUUGAGACACACAUUUUUCAAUUACAAUUAUAUCGGGCUAGUGGAACACCUCAAGAGGGAAGACAGGAGAACAAUCUGUGGCCUGUGGGACCUCUCGUCUAUCCUGUCCAGGGACUAUCUUUUUUUUUUAAAAAAAAGAGUGGAGUCCAAUAGGACAUCGAAGUUAAUUUGUGCUUUUUGGGAGACAGGAUAGGAGGAAUAACCACCCUCCACCAGACUGUUUGAGGUGACUAGAGAAACACUGGGCCUUGGAGCAGAGGUGUGCUCUGAAUAAUCUGCUCAUCAGAAUGCCCUUUAUUUCCUAAAAAAAAUUAGAAUGUCCUUUCGAUUAGAUUACCAUCAUCCAAAACAAAAGUUUGUAUGAUUACACAUACACACGGACAGUAUGAUUACAGUGUUCUGUAGCGUAGUGAGGUGAAAUUAUUACACAUAUUAUUUGAAGCUUGACAGAAAUAUAAUACAGACUACCAUUCCUGGUGACCAA